UCCCACUCGGCGACUCGCCUUGGCCCCGACUCGUGUGCAGAGAGCUGGCUCGCGCACCCGGUACAGUAGCAGCUAGCCGUCGCUCUGUCCCUUGUGUGUACCCUCGACGACAAACAGCCUUCUUUACCGCAAGCCUCGUCGUACAAAUAAAAAGAGCUCACUCCACUCUACUUUUGAGCCGCGCGCACCAAGUUCGAUCGCGCGCUCGCGAGAGACUCGCGCGAAUCAGAGCCGCACUCGCGCAUAAAUUGUUGUUCCGCACGUGUUUUCAGUAGCGCGAGAUAAGAGUUUACCAGGGCACAAGCGUGCGCCUCGCUCAGCCUGGCGUGUCAGGGCCAAGAGAAGAAGCGGUAACAAGUAGCCGCGGCCGAGAGGGAGAGAAAAUGAAGCGACAGUUGGACGAGCUGGAGGAAACGAGACAAGUGCCAAGGGAAGGUGUCGCCGGGCUCGCGGAGAAAUAGGGGCGAGUUGCUGCUGCUGCUGCUGCUGCUCUCUCCCGAGAGGCUAUGACAGGAGGCGGACAGCCUCGGCGCUGCACGAUCGAGGCGUAGAACAAGAGUAACGAGUAAAAAAAGGAAAGCUCGCAGCGGGAUUGAAAAACAAAGGAAAAGAAGGCGAGCAAGGUAGGUACAAAGAUGAGAGUGGAAAAAAGCGCCAGGAAGCGAUUUCAGCGUGCCUGCGCUGCUGUUAAAUACCCGAGGAGAGAUCAGUGACUAUGUUGCUUUACCCUCGCGAGCGAGCAGGCACAUGAACAAAUCAUCGCAUGACAAUCAAGUUCUUGCUUCGCAAUACAUGAUAAUCAAGAAUCAAGUCUGACCAGAAAGCCACACUAAUCAUGCUCAGUCCGAAGAUGCAAAGAACAGUGCGAGUAAACGACUCGCAACUGGUGAUGCUGUCGGAAAAAGCUCAUUACGAUCACUCGGCAGCUGGUUAUUUGCAUAAGCGCACCGCAGACUCUGCUAAAUGGCAGUUACGCUGGUUUGUUCUCUAUCAGAAUAUUCUUUUCUAUUACGAGAAUGAAGCGUGUUCACGACCAAGCGGCGUUAUCUUACUAGAAGGAUGUUACUGUGAUCGUUUGAUUACAGCGAAAGGCAAAGAUUCGGACAAGCAGAUAUGCUUUGCAAUCUCGUAUAGAAGGGAAAACCAGAGACAAUAUGAAUUGAAAGCGUCAACGGAGGCAGACUGCAAAAUGUGGAUUGAUGCGAUACGAGAGGCAAGCUUUAACAAAAUGCUCCUGCAAAAAGAAGAGCUGGAGCAGAAACACUUACACCUGUUACAAAUUGUUGAAAGCGAAAAAACUGCUAAAUGGCAGUACACCCAGCAGUGCGAAGAACUUACAUCGGAGAUCAAGAAACUACGUGCCGAGCUAUGCGCUUUGAAAAAGGAACUUCGUCCAAGUAUGACAAGUGCUUACGGUUCCCGUGGUACUUUCCAACGCACAGUAUCGCAAAGUAUUAGCGGAGGCGGUAUCUCCGGAUUAAUAAAUGCGGGUAGUCUGGGCAUGCAAGGAACUUCGGGGUGCGCAAACGCAACUGACUUCAAAGGUAUAUCCGAAGGUAGCACCGAGAUGCAGAAAAUCAAGAAAGUUCAAAGUUUCUUCAGGGGCUGGUUGUGUAGACGGCGCUGGAAACAAAUUGUUGAGCAAUAUAUCAAGAGCCCACACGCUGAGAGCAUGAGGAAAAGAAACAGCUUAGUAUUUCAAAUGGUUGAAGCAGAAGAAGAGUAUACUGAACAAAUGGAAGUAUUAGUUAGUUGUUUUCUGAGGCCAUUUAAAAUGGCCGCUAGCUCAAAGAAGCCACCGUGCAGUCAUGAGGAUGUUAAUAGUAUAUUUUUAAACAGUGAAACUGUACUCUUUUUGCAUCAAAUUUUUCUCAAAGGUUUGACUUCUCGCAUGGAAAGUUGGCCAACUUUGGUUCUAGGCGAUUUGUUUGACAUGCUUUUACCUAUGCUAUCAAUCUACCAGGAGUAUGUGAGAAAUCAUCAUUACAGUCUGCAAGUACUUACCGAGUGUAAGCAGUCAUCGUCUUCAUUCGCAGCGCUUUUAAUCCGUCUUGAAAACAAAACUGCAUGUCACGGUAGAUCUCUCGAGACUUUUCUAACUUAUCCGAUGCAUCAGAUACCCCGUUAUAUUAUUACGCUUCAUGAGCUUUUAGCUCAUACUCCGCAUGAUCAUGUAGAGCGCAAAAGUCUGCAGAAUGCCCGUCAGCAAUUAGAGGAUCUCUCAAGACAAAUGCACGAUGAGGUCAGCGAAACGGAGAAUUUACGAAAAAAUUUAGCAGUUGAAAGAAUGAUCGCUGAAGGCUGUGACAUUUUACUUGACGUUAAUCAAGUCUUCGUCAGACAAGGGGCACUCAUACAAAUUUCAGAAAGACCAAAGGGGGCUCGAAGUCGAUUAAGCGCUACUUUUGGAGGGAAAGGUAGCACGGAUAAGGAGACUUUAAGACAAUGUUUUUUGUUCUCUAAUCAUUUAAUAUUGACAACUCGUCAGUCAGAUGAUGAUGGUCGCCUUAAUCUUGUGCCGCAAAUAGGCAAAAUACCACUUUCUGAUGCGGUGUUAGUAGAAGAUCCGAGUGAACAAACUGUUGCAGAUGAUGAUGAGUUAUCAGUAUGUUCACUAUCAAGUGGGAUUAGUGAAAGCAGUGGAAGCGGAAGUACAACUGUAACAACAACUAAUGCAUCUCAAUUACAGAAUCGAGAUUUCAAAAUUAUCCUUGAUUUAAAAAUUGGAGGAGAAAAUCAUCAAGUCACGGUUCAUCUAGUUGCGCCAACAAUGCAGGAAAAAGCUGCUUGGAUAAGUGACAUAAGCCAGUGCAUGGACAAUGUGCAUUUCAAUGAUUUGUUACAUGGCUCAUUAUCGGAUACGAGUUCUGUUACGAUGCCUCAAUCUAUUAGAAAUGACCCAAAACUUUUUAAGGAUGACAUAGAUAUACGUUUCAGCCGUACUCUUAAUUCAUGUAAAGUACCGCAAAUUCGAUAUGCAACUCCAGAUCGACUCUUGCAACGGCUCACCGACCUGCGAUUUCUCAGUAUAGACUUUUUAAAUACGUUUCUCUUAACAUACCGUGUCUUUACUGAUGGUGUCACUGUACUCGAGGCACUAAAGAAAGUUUUUUACGACGCUGAACCCCCCGACGCUCAUAUGCCCAGUGGUUCUUUGGUAUCACUUGAUGUUUCUGGACUGCAUACGGGAGAAUCACACAACUUCUUGGAUGAUCGAAGAAGAAGCAGUUCAACUCCUAGACGAACAAGUGGUGCCAGUUCUGUUUCCGGGUACGGAUCAGAAGUGAGUGAUAGUCGAGAAACAGGAAACUCCAAUGCAUUUGAAUCAACUGCAAGUACUUUUAUGGCCAACACUAAGCCUCACUGGCGCACUACCUACAAAAAACAAGAUGAACAGCAACUGGGUUUGAUUUCUGAAACACCAAUAGGAAUAAGUCGAAACCCCAGUGUACAGCCACCGAUGACACUAUCCGAUAAACAAUCACCAGCUACUUCGCGAAAAGUUAGCAUUCGAGUAAGCGAUAAAAGCACUUCGGAAGACGACGGAUGUCAUUUGACUAUUCCGAAAGUAAUUGCUGGAUCGUCCAGUGCAGAAACGCUUACAGAUGUAACAGUCAUCAGUGCACCAUCGUCUCCAAGUAAUUUGAGUUCCGUAACUUUAGUCGGUUCUACAGGAUCAGGCUCUGGAUCAGGUUCAGACAGAAGUCCUCAAGAUAGCGCGGAAAUUGUUUACUCGCGUGGUGUUUCUGAAGAGACUGAAGAUACUCCUAUUGCCACAGGAGAUAAUUUAAAAGAUGAAGUACAAUUUACGUAUGAAGAUGUCGGCCCACUAUCACCUAAGACCUUCAAGCCGGAUCAUGUGAAAAAAUUUCCACUAAACCGUCCACCACGAAAUAAACGUUUAGAAUCUGAUAAAGAAGAAAAAAGUUGGACUGAUGAUGAAACAACACCAUUAGCGGAGUCGUGUCAACCUACCAUACACCGUUUCAAUAAUCCUCGUAAUCAUCACACGUAUUCUGAUCAUCGAGCAUCAAUUGCUUCUGCUCCUCCUUCAACCACAAGAAGUGGAUCGAUAUCGACCAUCACAGGGAAUUAUUGGACAAGUAGGCGUUCCAUUCAAGAUUGUGAACUUAACUCCGACGGUCAAAGGGGUUCAUACCAACAUGACAUACCUCAAUCCUCGAGCAAAGCUGGUGUCUGUAUCACUAGCUUUCGUCAAAGUCAUAGAAGCAAUGGACCUGAUACAAUCUGGAGUAGCACGUCUACAGCUGCAACAGCAUUUGCCAUAGCCACAUCAGCAUCAAGUAAUCCUCCUGAUAGAACGUCAAUUCGCUGUGAUACUAACAACCGAGGCUCAUAUCGAGAAAAAAAUAGGCGGAAGGAAUCAGUAAUGUCAACAGCAGCCACCAUGCGCGUGCUUAACGUGUUACGCCAUUGGGUGUCAAAACAUGCGCAAGAUUUCGAGUUAGAUAAUAAGUUAAAAAACUUGACAAUCGAGUUUUUGGAAGAUAUUAUUUAUAGCCCAAAUUUGUUGCCAGCGGAACAUAAGGCAGCAAGCCAGCUCUUAAGAUUGAUCACAAAAGAAGAAACUGACAGCAACAAAGUCGAUCUUAAGAAAUUAUUAACACCACCUUUGACACCAACAAAAGAAAGCAUUGAAACUUUAUCAGCCCUUGAAAUUGCUGAACAAAUGACUUAUUUGGAUCAUCAAAUUUUCAUCUCAAUUGCAAGCGAAGAAUUUUUAGGCCAAGCUUGGAUGAAAACAGACAAAGCUACAAGAGCACCUCAUAUAACGUUAAUGACCAAACGGUUUAAUGAAGUAUCGCAGUUAGUAGUAUCUGAAAUUAUACGUAGAUCGAAUAUGCAAGCACGUGUUGGUGCUAUAGAAAAAUGGGCAGCUGUUGCAGAUAUAAGUAGAGUACUGCAUAAUUACAAUGGAGUAUUGCAAAUUUGUGCAGCUUUUACAAAUAGCAGUGUUUAUCGACUGAAAAAAACAUGGGAAAAAGUUUCAAAAACGACAAAACAGACAAUUGAGCGAUUGCAGAAUAUUGUCUCAUCGGAACACAGAUUUCGAAACUUAAGGGAUGCCUUGCACAGAUGUGACCCUCCAUGCAUUCCGUAUCUUGGAUUAUAUCUGACGGAUCUCUCAUUUAUCGAAGAAGGCACACCUAACUUUACGGAUGAUGGUCUACUCAAUUUUUCCAAAAUGAGAAUGAUUGCCCAUGUGAUACGUGAAAUUCGACACUUUCAACAAACUCCGUACAAAAUUGAAUUAAUUACAAAAGUUACUAAUUAUCUAUUAGAUUCUUCACUUUUAUUAGAAGAAGAAGAUUUGUAUAGAAUGUCUCUAGAAAUAGAACCAAGAACAUCUAGGCUAAGUAGCGCUGCAUUGAUUGGCAUUCCACCAAAUAUUGGUGCAAGUUUGAAAAGAGAUAAUUAAUAGAAAACGUAAUUGAUUUUAAAUAUCUUGCUUUUAUAAGUUAUAUGCCGUUUUUAAUAGUACUUACUUUAUGAUUAAACGAGGAUCACAACUUUUGUAAACCAACAUUUUAUGGCAAAGUUGAAUGUUCUAGUCAAAUUCAGUUUCGAUGCAUUUUUAAGUCGUAAGAAAUUUGAAAGGCAACAUAUAGACUUACUAAAAAAUGAAGAAUUUUAUUUGUUUGUUUGAAAUUGUCAAUAAUAUACAGGGUUUCGUGUCAUUGUAAGUUGAAAAUUUAAUCAGUGAAAAGUUAAUUAAGAUGAUAUCACAAUAGUCUAAAAUCUCAGUAAAAAAACUUAUACCUACAUCAAUACUAUUUUGUAUGUAUAGACAUGAAAUGCUAAAAAUAUUGUUAUUAUUCUUUACUAGUUAAUUGACAUUCACAUCAUCAAAGAUUGGUAAAUCUUUGACCUUCAAGACUUUUUAAAAGUGCCAAAGAUUCAAAAAUCUUCUUUAACUGAAUUUCUUUUGGGUUAUAAUUAGUUAUGAAGACUAAUUUAUUUUAAAAAUAUCACUGCAGGACAGUGAUUUAUUAACUAUAUUUUAGUUGUUCUACAUUUGCGUAGUGUUCGUUUUAUCUACUGAAGUUACUGUGAUUUUUAUAACUAGUUGGAAAUCAAUGUAGAAAUGACUUAAUAAUACUCAAUUUAAUAAGUAAUAUGCAAUUUUAAUUUCAACGUAAAUAUUUCAAGAAUUUGAAAUAAUCAAAGCUUGAAAAAUGGAAUAAUUUAUGCCAGAUUGUAUAGUUUUAAGAAACAUAUUUUGCUAUAACCACAAAUGUUGUUCUAAAUUAUACUUUAACAAGUGAUUUAUGCACAAAAACCACAUUUGAAUACUUCUUGGAGCUAACUAAUAUUUUACAACAAUAAUUAACUAUUUUCGUACUGAGCUUCAGUUAUGCCCUUCAUUAUAAUUUAACAUGAAAUUAACUUUUUCUCUUAUAAUUUACUCUGAAACAAAAUAAAAAAGCAAUCUGAUCUUGUGAGUAAUAAGAGUUAUUCUAUAAAUAAUUAAAAGUAUAUACUUAUUUUAUAAAAUAUUACUAACAAGAGCAGAUGGUUCAAGAAUUUUAUUUAUAUUUUAAGACUGAAAUCACUUCCACCAGAAGAAUGGUGCUUAUCUAGGUGUGCAUGACAAAAGUAAAAUGUGACUAACACAAAUGAAGUCUCACUAAACCUUUUUAAAAAUAGAUGUAUGCUCAAAUGAUCGAUUUUAUAUUAAAUCGUAUACACAGUAUUAUUACUGUGACCGUGAAAAAGUUUAAGCGCAUGAAAAGGUUUUAUGAAAAAACUAUAUAUACACAUCAAAAAAUGAUAGCGCAACAUUUAUCACAAUUUAAGACUUCCUAGACAGCACAACAUAAUCAAUUUAAGAUUGUACAUGACAAUCAGUAGUGUAUACAAUCGAGAAAACUGAUUAGUAUUUCGAUUCUACUGCAUUAGACGCAUUUUUCUAACAGCAAAUCGUCAAACUUCUUGUUUGUGAUAAAAAGUAAAAAAUAUAUGAUAUAUUGUUACGAAGAGUUAUAAGCAUGCAUACUGCAUACGUAACAGUAUUAAAAAACAAAAAAAUUAUUUACGUAAAUUUGCAUUGUUAUACUAAUUACUAAUUAUGUAAAAAUGUACCUAUUCUACAUGAUAGUUCCUUAAAAAGGCUACAACGAUAUAGUACAGAACAGAGUACCUAAACGCUAUUAAAUUGAAUCAAAACAAAAGUGAGAUCAUAUCAGUAUAAUUAAUAAAUAUUUACAAAGGGAGAACUGAGCCCUUUUGAUAUGGAUUAUGAUCAAACUUUAAGAAUUUUCCAUAAUCUGAAACCUAUUAUUUGUUUGUUAUAGCUCAGAAUUUUCAAUAUCAAUGAAUGAAAAAUAGUAAGUGAAAAAACGUUUUAUCUACUACACAAAUUUUAAUAUAAUAGAUUCAUUCUUAAAGUUGCAUCAAAAUCUCAAAGCCAAACUCCAUUACUUGGUAUAUUUUUUAAUUCGCGAAUACUACAAGAAUCCUAGGUUUGCUAUAAUCUACUCAAAUAUUAAAAAAGUGACAAAUCAAAUAAUAACAUAUCAGUUUUUUGUUAAAACAAAAAAUAUCACAAUUUUUGUGUUUUGUAAAUUAUAUAAGAACUGUAAUAUUUAAAAGCGUACACAAUAAACUCCUUGUUGCCAAAUAAUUUAUUUUAAAGAAUGACUUCGAGGAGUACUAGUUUUUAAUUUUUCUCUAUAUAGUUUACAUAGGCGAGUCGUUCAUUCUUUACCAUUGAUUGUUUAUCAGCAAAUUAUGCAUACGGUUAAAAAUGGGAUACAUCACAAUCAUAUAGAAAUCGUUUUCAUUAAAUAAGCUUCGAAUAAGCAUCAUAGUAAUGUAUAAGUGUACGUUUUUAAAUAACAAAGAUUUAAAGACGUUAUUAGAUAAGCGAAUGUGUUAUUAGUGAAUAAACAAGAUUUAAUAAGAUUUAAUUCGUAAACUGUAAUAAUAUGUUGUACAGAAGUCUAGGAUUUCAUGUAUAUUACUCGGAUUAUUAUUGUUAUUGCAUCUGGUUCAUCAUAGUAAUAAAAUCUAAAUAUGUUUUUAACUAAUAAAUAUAUAAUGUACUGAGUAUCAAUGUCUUGAACUAUACUGAGUAGUUUAAUGAAUGAUUACAAUAUUAAAUGAAGCAUUAUAUUGAAAUAUUUUGUAUAAUAAUAGAUUAAGGAUGGAAAUUAUUAAUGUAGUUAUAUGAAAUCUAAAUGAUGGAUUGAAAAGUAAGAUAUCUAUUUACUGAUUAUAUAAAAAAAAAUAAUGUUAUUAAUUUCAAUAUUAAAUACAUUUAAGAAUUGUUAACAAAAGAGGAAUGAAUCAACUUUUGAAAGUAUUACCAGAGAUUUUAAUUUAUUUAAAGCUGUAUUUUCAUACAGCUAAUUUGAAUGGUGUCGUCACUAAAUAUUUCAGAAAAUGUAUUUUCCUUCUAGAAAUAUUUUAGCUUUCAAUCCCGAUGUCGUAACAGCAUUUCCAAUGACGAAUAAUUUAAAAUGAAUUGACAUGAAUGUUGUCAGUUGUGAAUCGUUUUCUUCUUAUCUAUAUAUGGUGAUCAUUUUUAUAUUAUAAAUAUGAUUAUGUAACAGUACAAAACUAAGAAGAAAUUAAACUAAUUGUACAUACAUUGUUGUUUGAAAAAUCAUUUAUGUGAAGCAUUGCUCAAAACUGUCCAUGUAAUUUCAAUUCUAAGUGCAUUAAAUUAGAUACAUAUUUAAAAA